AUGUCAACGAACAGAUUUCGUCGUAAUUCGAGCUCGUCGAACUCGUCUACAUCGUCAAAAACGAGGCCUACUCACUGUCUUAUCGAGACAAAUGAUAAAGACAAAAAAGUUACAAUAGCUGUUAUUCUAUUGUCUGCAAUAACAAAUCCUGAUGGGAGAAAAUUAAAAGUUGGGAAAACAUGCACAUUAUUAAAAGCACCACGUAACACACCACGUUCAACUAUCAAAUUUAUUGGAGAAGAAGAUGAAUGUGAGAAUCAUCGAGAAUUGUUACUAUUAACAGAUGGUGAGAUUUUUUA